AUGACAUCUCACUCGGACCUCUCCACCCUCCCGCCGGAGGUGCGGGACCUGAUCCUCGCCUCAUCAGAAGAACACGGCGUCGCCUUCCGGGCGCGCACCGCCUACACGCACCGGACCUGGGCGCGCACCUAUUCCUGCCUGCCCGAGCUGCUCAUCCAGCCCGAGUCGCUCGCCGAGAUUGAGCUUACCGUGACCUUGGCGCGCCGCUGCCGCCGCCGCCUGGUUACCGUCGGCUCCGGCCACUCCCCUUCGGACCUAACGUGCACCUCGUCCGGGUGGAUGGUCAACCUGGACCGCUUCGACCGCGUGCUGUCGCUCGACCCGGAAACGGGUAUCUGCGUGCUGCAGUCGGGCAUCCGUCUGCACCAGCUCACGGCCGCGCUCGACGCGGCGGGGCUGGCCAUGCCCAGCUUGGGAAGCAUCAACGAGCAGAGCAUCGCCGGCGCCAUCAGCACGGGCACACAUGGUAGCAGCCUGCGCCACGGCCUCAUCAGUGAGAGCGUCCUUGCCUUAAAGGUCACCAUGGCUGAUGGCAAGACGAGGAGUUGCUCCCCCCAGGAAAGGCCCGAGCUGUUCCGUGCCGCUCUGCUGUCGCUUGGCGCGCUGGGCAUCAUCACUGAGGUGACGUUCAAGGCGGUGCCGGCGUUCUCGCUGGCCUGGAGUCAGACGAUCGACAUGGACCAGAGGCUGUUUGCCACGUGGGAGGGGGAGUUGUGGCGGCAGGCCGAGUUUGUGAGGGUGUGGUGGUUCCCUUAUAUGAGGCGGGCGGUAGUGUGGAAGGCGGACGCGGUGGACAGGAAGGAUUUGGAGGAGGGGAGGGUGAAGCAUUAUGAGCCGCCCACGAGCUUUCAGGAUAGCCGGCUGGGGUACGUGGUGUACCAGAAUCUGCUGGCGUUGGCGAGGUGGUUCCCCAGGAUAACGCCCUGGGUCGAGUGGUUCGUUUUCGGGCUACAGUAUGGUUUCGGCAACGGGGAGAGCACCCGCGUCAGCGGGGUACAGCCGAGCCACAAGGCCUUCUUGCUGAACUGCCUCUACAGCCAGUUUGUCAACGAGUGGGCCAUCCCCUUGCACAAGGGUCCGGAGGCACUACAACGUCUCGGAGCCUGGCUCAACAGGCUGCAGCCCGGCGACCCGGGCUAUGUCGACCACCGCAUCCCGUUCAGCGCCGAGGGCCUGUGGGUCCACAGCCCCGUCGAGGUCCGCGUGAGCGACACGACCGUCAAUUCCAGCGCCGCCAAGGGUAACCGGCCGUUCCUGGAUAUCACGCCCGACGACGGUCCCGCGCUGUAUCUCAAUGCGACCAUGUACAGGCCGUACUUCAAGGACCCGACAUACGAGGCUACCGAAAGGUAUUACCAGGCGUUUGAGUGGCUCAUGAGGGACCUCGGCGGCAAGCCACACUGGGCAAAGGCGUUUACUGUCACGCCGGAGGAAUUUGCAAAGUGGUAUGGGAAUGACUGGGUGCAGUUCUGCAAGGUGAGGGACGAGGUCGACCCAGAAGGCAUGUUUGUCGGCCCAUGGCACAGGAGGUAUCUCCUUGGGGCCGUGGAUGCGCAGCGACUUCCACUGGAGGAAUCUGGCUUCGAGCUGAAGCGGGCGAAAGGUGGUGGUUUCAUGACUACGGGGAGGCAACCCUAG